AUGGCCAACCCCUACGAGACAGCUGUGUCGAACACAAGCCAGGACAUAUCAACAACGGCUACGACAAAUGAAACAUUACUUAGCUAUGCGACAGAUGGCAACAGAAGUGCCAGCAAUGACAUGGACUUUAUGUCCGUUGAAGAUGAGGAAAUGCUACGAAUUGCCUACCUCAUUGGCGAUAUUGUUAAUAGAUAUUAUGUGCCCAUCAUAUGUUGUACGGGCAGCAUUGGCAACAUACUCUCUGUCUUUGUCUUCUUUAUGACGAAACUGCGCAAGCUAUCAUCGAGCUUCUAUUUGGCUGCUUUGGCCAUCAGCGAUACAUGCUUCCUGUGCGGCCUAUUUAUGCAAUGGCUUAACUUUCUUAACGUGAACAUCUAUAAUCAGAAUUAUUUCUGCCAGUUUUUCACAUUCUUCAGCUAUUUGGCCAGCUUCUGCUCGGUGUGGUUUGUUGUUGCCUUCACCGUGGAACGUUUCAUAGCUGUCAUGUAUCCGUUGAAGCGUCAAAUUAUGUGCACCGUACGCCGUGCCAAAAUCGUCCUGUUUGGCCUCACACUAGCUGGAUGUGUGCACUGUGUGCCGUAUAUACUGAUUGCCAAGCCCGUCUACAGUCCCAAAUUGAAUGAUACCAUAUGCGAUCUGAAUACCUCGUAUGACGAGCAACUGGCUCUAUUCAACUACUGGGACUCGAUUGUUGUCUAUGCGGUGCCCUUUACGACCAUCACCGUGCUGAACACCUGCACGGGCUGCACCGUUUGGAAAUUUGCCACUGUUCGACGCACACUCACAAUGCACAAGAUGAAACCUCAGAUGACAAACAUGCCAGGGAAUGCAACUUCCACUUAUCGCAUUGCAGCAUCGCUGAAGCGUCAAAAGUCAACGGGCACACACCCAAGCGGGCAGCAUAGUGUAUCAAGGCAAACCGAACAACAGCAACAGCAGCAACGACAGGAUGGCAGAGCUCAGCACCAUUGCGAGAUAACACAGAAACCAGGGCGACGCAAGGUGCAAAACUCAUCCCAGCUGAAGGUAACCAAAAUGCUGCUGGUGGUCUCCACAGUUUUUGUCUGCCUCAACUUGCCAAGCUGCCUGCUGCGCAUCGAAACCUAUUGGGAGACACAAACGGCCAAAACGCAAAAUUCAACAAUUGUUUUGCAGUACAUUUUCAAUGCGUUUUUCAUUACGAAUUUUGGCAUUAAUUUUGUACUUUAUUGCGUGAGCGGACAAAAUUUUCGCAAAGCGGUGCUCAGCAUUUUCCGCCGCGUCUCAUCGGCUCAGCGCGAAGGCAUCACUCAAGUGACAGUUUCCGAGUAUUGCCGCAACACGGGCACCUCAACUAGGCGACGCAUGAUGACACAGCACUGCUGGAACGAAAUGCACGAGCUGCAUCCACUUAGGUAAACGAAAUAACCAAACAAAUGCAAAACGAAUGGGAAUACCCUACGAAACUAAAAAAGAAUUAAAAACCUUGCAAUCGGCACAAUCGACUGCAUAAUACUCGUUCACGUUCGCAAAAGAACUCUGUUUAUUCCAAAUUAGAUGUUUCCCAGAUCUACAAGCAGAUAUGCAUAUAUUAUAAAGUGUUAAAAGUAAAAAUGGUCUAAAAAGCUGUUUCUUUUCGAUUUGCAA